AUGCCCAGCUCCUCGCGCCAAUACCCAUACACCUACAACGACAACUUCCGACCACCACCGCCGCCGGGGUACGUGCACACCCACAACCCGGAGGUGUCGCCGCAGUUUGUGUUUUCGUUUGUGCUGGCGGGGCUGCUGAUCCUCUACCACAUCCUGCAUGGGCUGCUGCGGUGGCCGCCGCCGCUGGAGCUUCUGUUUAUGAUUGUCGGCACGGUGAUGGGGCAGGGCACGCGCGAGAUGCUGCAGAGCGUGUUUUCGCACGGCGCUGCCAGGAGCGUGAGGACGCGGGCGGCGAGCCUGGUGGGCUAUGGCGGCGGCGACGGCGGGACGUUUGUCGGCGGGCUGUGGAACAUGGGCAAUACGUGCUAUCAGAACUCGGUCUUGCAGGCUAUGGCGUCGCUGUCGCAUUUGAAGCCGCAUCUGAUGUCGCUGUCAAUCUCCGAAGAUGAGGAUUAUAUGAACCCCUCUGGCGCUCUUGCGUCCCUUAUCGCCACUCUGAAUGCGCUCUCUCCGAGCCCGCGCGCAUUCACACCAUCGCCAAUAAUAGUCAGAGGCACCGACAACUCGGGCUGGAUCUACAACGAGCAGCAGGACGCACAGGAGUACUUCCAGAAGCUGACCGGCGCGCUGGAGAAGGAGGUAUCGCGCUUUCUGGAACGAAAAAAGCGCAGCGCCACAAGGGGCCUAGAAGCCAUUGCCGAGCUUGUGCACGGCGGAAAGGUGCAGGAUCCAGAGUCGAUCGCAACCCUGGAGAAAGAGUACAGAAGCCCUUUCGAGGGGCUGUUUGCGCAGAGAGUGGGAUGUCUCCAGUGCGGGUAUGUCGAGUCCAUCAGCCUGCAGCGCUUCACGAGCCUCUCGCUCUCCCUGCCACCCACCUGGACCUGCACCCUCGAGGGAUGCCUCGAAGAGUUCACCGCAAUCGAGCAGAUCCAAGAAGUCGACUGCGACAAAUGCACUCUUCAAUCCCUACACGCACAGCUGCUCACGCUCUCCACCAAGCCUCUCGCCGCCGCCGUGCACACGCAAAUCCAGGCACGCAUCGACGCCCUCGCCGCCGCAAUCGACAACGACAACUUCAACCCGCAGAUCCCCGGCGUCAAGAUCUCCCCGCGCCAGAAGGUGGCCACCACAAAGACCAAGCAGACCAUGAUUGCGCGCGCGCCACAGGUGCUCGUGCUCCACCUCAACAGGAGCCAGUAUGACGUUGUCACGGGCAUGACGGGGAAGAACCAUACGGCGGUCAGCUUCCCGGCGAGGAUGGACUUGGGGGGACUGGGGGUUGUGACGAGACAUGAUGUGGCGGAGGGGAGCUGGGGGCUGGCGGUGGACCCGGCGAGGAGAAUGAGUGGCCGGGUGCCCGGGUGGUUCUUGAGGAAGGAGGAGGCGCUGGUGGAGACGCCGACGCCGACGCCGACGGAUGAGGGCGCGGACACGGACGGCGUGACGGAGACGGAGACCGAGGCCGACGCCGACGCCGAGACGGAGAAUGAGACGGAGAAUGAGAAGGAGGGCGCACACCAGCCCGUCACGGCCACCACCACCACGUCCAGCACGAACAGCGAAAAGCUGAGCUACGAGCUCAAGAGCGUCGUAGCGCACUACGGCGGCCACCACAACGGCCACUACGUGUGCUACAGGAAGCAGCACGGGCAGUGUGCAUGCGACGAGGAGCAGGCUCUCGGCAUCAGGAACGCGUUCAUGCUGUUCUAUGAGCGCGUCGUGGACGACGGGGUUUCCGGAUCCGAGGGGCGGGAGUACGGGCGUGGACAGGGGGGGUAUGGGGAGGAGGAUGAGGAUGAGGAUGAGGGCUUUGGUGAGGGUGAGAGUGAGUGCCAGAGCGAGGGCGGGGAGGGGGUGGACAGUGAUGGUGCGGAGGAGGUGGUGGUGGAGGGGGAGAGGGUGGGGCGGAUAGAUGUGGAUGCAGAUGCGGGUGCGGAGACUGGGGGACUGCGGAGGCGGCGGGGUGGGGAUGGGGAUGGGGAUGGGGAUGGGGAUGGGGAUGGGGAUGGGGAUGGGGAUGGGGAUGGGGAUGGGGAUGGGGAUGGGGAUGGGGAUGGGGGUCGGUGA